UCCUGACACGCGGUUGAGAAUGGCGAAGAAGUCUACGGUCGACCUGCAGAUGCUGGAGGCAGACGGAGGCCUGAAGGAGCUGGUGCUGAGGUGGUUCCGCGACACUCAGGCGCAGCUCAUCCUGCAAAAUGGAAACUUCCCCAACUGGUUCCAGGGCCUCGCUGCAAGAAAGGAAGCAGAAGAUGUACUGAGAGAUAAAGCUCUGGGCUGCUUUCUCAUCCGCCUCAGUGAUAAAGCCAUUGGCUACAUCCUGUCCUACAAAGGCCAUGACAGGUGUCGCCAUUUUGUAAUUUCCCAAAAUCCAGAUGGCCAGUUUGUGAUAUCUGGGGACUGUCAGCUGUUUGGCAGUCUGACUGAGCUGAUAGAGCAUUACAAGGUCAGCCCCAUUCAGCCGUUUGGAGAGUACCUCACCUCCAGCUGCUGCCAGGACGAUGAUGAGGAUCUGUACGACGUGGUCAAUGCCAAGAAGAGUUUAGGGGUCAGUGUUCAAGCUCUGCGGACCCUGUGGGACCAGGUCGAACCCGAGAAGAAACACCGCUUUCAGCAGCAUCGGAAUGAGCCUUCUGCAGCACUGUUACCUUCACUGCCUCCAAAGUCCAGAAACAGGAAGCUGACAGGAACCGUGUCAGUGGACGCAACGUCCCUUUCCCAGGCGCUUCCCCCGGUACCGAAAAGAGGAAUGCCAUUGGGUUUUUCUCUUAGUGGAUCUCUACCAGACACGACGGUCCAUCCAGUGGAAGUCCAGAACACCCCCAACAGAGUGCAGAGAAUCAGUGGAAAGGCCAAACCAACCUCUAACAGAGACGCGUUGCUCCCAACAGACUCAAAGGAUUCAGAUAAUUUUCACAAAGCAGAUGUCUCCUGUGCUGAGCUGAAUCAGGUAGAAAGCAGGAGCCAAUCCCUGCCAUAUCUUGGCAACUAUGAGGAUGAGGGAGAGGAGGAGGAGGAGGAAGAAGAAGAGGUAGACAAGCACUCCACUCACUUUAAAAGCCUCUCCAUCACAACGUCCCUCCCACCAAAGAAGGUCACCUGCCAAACAUACUCCCUCCACUCUCCCUCUCAAGCUACAUCACAUCAGAGCUCCAGGUCGGACUCAGAGAAUGGCAGCCAGGAUCAGCUUAGAUCCAACCCUCUGUACCAGUCCUCUGACCCCAUUGUAGGAGCUGCAGGCCAGCAGGGAGACAACAUGUACGCUGAGGUUUCUCAGGGGCCGAAGAUGAUGACAGAUGACACCUAUGAGCAGAUUCCAGGCGACACAACAAGCCACAGCAACACGUACGAGUCGGUGGAAGACAUGAAGAACAAGAAGCCCAAAAGCUCCUGGGGGAAAAAUAACAUUAAGUGGAAGAAAUUCCGCCCUGAUUACAAGAAGAAAUAAACUGAGUUCCUCCGGGGAAAAAGAGAAAGGAACGUUUGUUGAUGAGCUGUAACAUAGGGACCUCACCUUCACCAUAAUCAAAGAGAAUCCAAAGAGGCUUUUAAACACUUUGAGCUGAAAUUAAGGCAAUAUACCAUCUGCCAAGACCUCCGUCAUUCCAUGGAGCAAGACUCCAUGAUUAGGGAUCCAACCAUUGAAUUGACUUGUGAAUAUUGAAGAGGUUAAAAUGAAAGUAAACUCUUCAUAUGACUGAAACUGGAUUACAAAUCCAGAAAAAAACAAACAAAACAGAAACAAAAGACACGGAGAAGAAUAUUAGAAGAACUAAACUUCUGCUGCUUGAUUAGGGUGAUUAUAACAGCUUGGUUUGUUGUAAAUACUGUGUUUCUAUUAACAGGAAA